GCGCUACUAGCUUAAGCACGCACCAAGAGUGGGAAUAACGGAAAAUGUGGAGCACUUUCUUCACGAAACUUUGGAUUUCGUCUCUUCUCACAGUCUGCAUCACCACUUCAACACAGGCGUGGUUCCUACCUCAAGGCAAUGGGGCCGGUGGUUUUGGUCUCAAUGGCUUUGGCUCCAAUGGAUUUGGUUUCAAUGGUUUCGGCUUCAAUGGUUUUGGUGUCAUCACCACCAUGUCCGAAUUUAAAUGCCAAACGACCGGUCGCUUUCCCGAUCCAUACGACUGCCGAAAUUUCUAUGAUUGCACUAGCAGCGGUACAUAUACGCGCCAUAGAUGCGGCCCUCUUAAACGGUAUUCGGUUAAUCAGCAAGGCUGUGUGUUCGCCUUCACCGUAGCUUGCUAUAAUCUGGCUGUUAGCUGCUCUGCUGCCGGUGAUAAGGGCGCAUGGCCUGGUGAUGCCAGUAUAUACUACAUCUGUGAGCUUAGUGCUACCAGUGGAAAAUUAGUACCAAUGCUGUUUAGAUGCCCCCAAGGUUCAGUAUUCAAUGGUGCAGCUUGUGCAUAAAUUGGUGGAAGAUAACUUUUUGUGACAGGUUUGUUGUAAUUGUAGUGGAUAUAAAUAAAAUCUGAGAACUUAAAGAGA